UAAAGAACUUCAAUUGAAUCCAAAAUGCGUGCAUUUAUUGUUAUGUGCUUGGUGGCAGUUGCCUGCGCCGAUAAACUUGGCUACAACUACCAGCCCGUCGGACACUCCGGCUCAGGAUUGUCGUUUGCUCCUGGUAGCGGAAGUGGAAGCCUUGGGGGCCUGAGCGGUGGUGGUCUGAGCGGUGGAUCUCUGGGCGGACUUGGCGGUGGCUCUCUGGGCGGUGGCUCUCUGGGCGGUCUUGGCGGUGGCUCUCUAGGUGGAAUUGGCGGUGGCUCUCUGGGCGGCGGCUCUCUGGGCGGCGGCUCUCUGGGCGGCGGCUCUCUAGGCGGACUUGGAGGCGGCGCUGGAUUGACUUCGGAUGGCGGCAGCAUCGGUGGCGGUUCCGGUCUCGGCAACCUUGGUGGUCUGUCAGGUGGAGGUGUGGAUGCUCCCGUCUCUUACAACGCCCCUGCCCCAGCUGCUGAAUUGGAGAAGGAAUUCUUUACCUACACUGCUAACGAACAGGACUUUGAUGAGCCCGCAGCUUUGGAGAAGGUGUCCGGCUCCCUGAACAAGGGUCUGCGUGUUAUCUUCAUCAAGGGACCCGAGAACCGUGGUCUGGAGAACGCUGCUCUGGCUUUGGCCAAGCAGGCUGCCCAACAGGAGACUGCCAUCUAUGUCCUGAACAAGCAGGCCGAUAUCGGUGAUCUGGCCAACAAACUGAAUGCCGUCCGCGGCAACAACAACAACAAGCCCGAGGUGCACUUCGUCAAGUAUCGCACUCCUGAGGAUGCUGCCAACGCUCAGCGUGCCAUUCAGGGUCAGUACGAUCAGUUGGGUGGUACCAGCCAGUCCCACAAUGGUGGUGUUGCCCCAGUGCUCAACUUCGCCUCCCAGGGUCCUGUGCGUCAGGCCAACGCCAAGUCCCCCGAUAAUGCCUACCUGCCCACUUCGAUCUUCCGCCGUUUCUAAAUUUCAGCCAGAUUUAGAUCAACAGAUUAAUAAUGCCAGCGAUC